GCCGGGAUUCCCUGCCCGUGCUCGGCGCUGCAGCGGUGCCUGCGCUCCUCCCGUCGCGCCGCCGGCCGAGCCCCGCGGCUUCCGCGCUCUCACCAGGACUUUUCGGCAGGCACCCUCCUGCCGCUCUGCUCGCUCCUGUCCCGGCUACGUCCGGGAGCGACCUGCGGCCGGCAUGAAAGUCACGUCCCUCGACUGCCGCCAGCUGAGAAAGCUCCUGCGGAAGGAGCCCUCCCGCUGCCUGGUGCUGGACUGCCGGCCCUACCUGUCCUACUCGGCCUCCUGCCUCCGUGGCUCGCUCAACGUCAACCUCAACUCAGUAGUGAUGCGGCGGGCCCGCGGCGGGGCCGUGCCGCUCCACUUUGUGGUGCCCGACGCGGCGGCCCGAGCCCGGCUGCUGCUGGGCAGCGAGGCGACGGCUGGGAGCGCCCGCCUGGCAGCCGUGGUGGUGCUGGACCAGGGUACGGGGCACUGGCAGAAGUUAAAGAAGGACAGCACGGCCCAGAUCGUCCUCAACGCCCUGCUCUCCAGCCUGCCGGAGGCCGGGACCAGGGUCUGCUUCCUGAAAGGAGGAUAUGAAACCUUUAAUUCGCAAUAUCCUGAGUGCUGUGUGGAUGGAAAACUCAUUUCCCCGGAGAAGACUGAGGCAGAGAGAAACCUUGCCAGCCACUGUGAGAAGCAGAGUGCCAACCACAAACCCGCUUAUGACCAGGGUGGUCCAGUUGAAAUCCUGCCUUUUCUCUACCUUGGUAGUGCCUAUCACGCUUCCAAGUGCGAGUUUCUUGCCAACCUGCACAUCACAGCCCUCCUCAAUGUCUCCAGGAAAAGCUCAGAGUCCUUCAAAGACCAGUAUUGCUACAAGUGGAUCCCAGUGGAGGACAGUCACACAGCAGACAUCAGCUCACACUUCCAGGAAGCCAUUGACUUCAUCGAUUAUGUCAGACGAACAGGAGGCAAGAUCCUGGUACACUGCGAAGCAGGGAUCUCGCGCUCUCCCACCAUCUGCAUGGCCUAUCUCAUGAAGACAAAGAAGUUCUGCCUGGAGGAAGCCUUUGAUUACAUCAAGCAGCGCCGGAGCCUGAUCUCCCCAAACUUUGGUUUCAUGGGCCAGUUGCUACAGUACGAGUCAGAGAUCUUGUCUUCCACUCCCAGCCCUGCUGUCGCCUCGUGCAAAAGAGAAGCCGCAUCCUUCUUUGCGGAGGAACUGACAUUAGGCAACAACUUUGAAGGCUCCUGUUUUGCCUUUCCUACCUCAGUGUUAAGUUCUGUGCCCAUCCACUCUCCUGUCCACCAGCUGAAGCUCAGCCCCAUGACAGCAUCUUCGUCCUGCUGAACAUCCCGGGGGAGACCAGAGCUGGUGUGGUCCUCUGAUCCAAACUGUGACCCUCAACAAGAACAUUUCAUGAACGUGCAAUAGAGAAACUUCCUUGACUUAGUCCGAGAUGGAGAAGUUACCGUGGGUCAUACUUCCCAGAUGCUGUGACUGUAAGACACAAGUGCUCGAAGUGUGGCAGGGUUUAU